UGGCCACGCGGGGCCCCAGAGCCGUGCGUCCGGCAGUCAUGGCACCUGCGGCCGCCGGGCCCCCGGAGGUGGUUCGCGCGGCGCAGAAGGACGACUACUACCGCGGCGGGCUGCGGAGCGCGGCGGGCGGCGCCCUGCACAGCUUGGCGGGUGCGAAGAGAUGGCUGCAGUGCAGGAGGGAGAUCGAGCUGCUGUCGGACGUCGCCUACUUCGGCCUCACCACACUUGCAGGCUACCAGACCCUCGGGGAAGAGUACGUUGGCAUCGUGCAGGUGGACCCGUCCCAGAGCCGAGUGCCCUCAAGGCUGCGCCGUGGCGUGCUGGUCGCGCUGCACACCGUCCUGCCCUACGUGCUGGACAAGGCCCUGCUGCACCUGGAGCACGAGCUGCAGGCCGAUGCCGACAGCGCCAGGCCCUCGCAGGGCAGCCUGGCAGCCGGCGGCCGUGGCCGGUCCGGAGCGAGGCUCUGGGUGCAGCGGCGCGUGGCUGCCCUGACUGAGCAGCAGAAGAGGGUGCUCCUGCGGGCCGUGCUGGCGCUCAGGCAGGGCCUCGCCUGCCUUCAGCGGCUCCAUGUUGCCUGGUUCUACAUCCACGGUGCCUUCUACCACCUGGCCAAGAGGCUCACGGGAGUCACUUACCUUCGCGUGCACUCCCCAUCCGCAGAGGACCCGAGGGCUCGUGAAAGCUACAGGCUGCUGGGAUUCAUCUCCUUGCUGCACUUGGCCUUGUCCGUGGGGCUGCAGCUCUACAGCUUCCGGCAGAGGCAGCGCGCGCGGCGGGAGUGGAAGCUGCAUCGCGCCCUGUCUCACCGCAGGAGCCACGUGGAAGAGAAAGCCCCUUCCAGAAACUCCUUGUGUACCCUGUGCCUGGAGGAGCGCAGACACUCGACAGCCACGCCCUGCGGCCACUUGUUCUGCUGGGAGUGCAUCACCCAGUGGUGUGACACCAAGAUGGAGUGCCCUCUCUGCAGGGAGAAGUUCCCUCCCCAGAAGCUCGUCUACCUGCGACACUAUCGCUAACCUGCCCAAGGACAGAGGAGCCCAGGAGCCUCAGCGUCAGGACAGUCCCUAUCCGUUCCCGAGGUUAACCCGCACAGAAACAUUACAUUCUCAAGUUUUACUUCGUGUCACGUAGCAACUCUGCCAGAAGCUUGGGAGACAGAGGCUGGAUCUGCCGGCGGCACAGCCGGUCUGAGGCUUGGGUUCCACCUGCUCUGUGGACCCCGAGCCCACGGCGCUGGCGGCCAGCAGAGUCCCGCUGGGGGGCCAGCCACGCCACACCGCCACCGUGGCAUAGCCGGGUCGUUUCUCAGCUCACGUGCUGAGAGAACGGUUGUGUCGAGCCCGUGGUGAGGGUUUGGCCCGAACGGGCAAGUGUGGCGAAGAGCAGAGCACAUGGCUCAACAGCCGUUGAGCCACCAGCCACAAAGACCCAAAUCCUUGCCCUCGUCACCAGAGGCAGCUACCUGUGGCUCAGGCACAUCCGUUCACAGAGCAGAAAGGCUCUACCCAAGGUCGGCACGUACCCUUAACACACACUCGUUUGUUUCCCAUCCUAGAAGGUGAAGUCUGUGUCUCUGCGGAGGUCGGCCUGCAGUUUGGGUGCAGGGCUGCUGCGGGGAGGUUCUCUGCUGCUCAACACCUAACUCACAGGCGCCCGGAGCUCAGCCCUCCCCGAGGCCGGGCACGCUGGCUGCUCACACCUGCUUCCUGCCACAGUUUUGUUACUUUUAGGCCUUCAAAAGUAUUUAACUUGUGCCAGAGCUAAGACUUUGCCAUAAACUUUAGGAAACGAGCCCCGCAGAAUGUAGGAAAAUUAAGGCCAGAAGGGUGAACCGGAAAUCAGGUCCAUGAAGGGUCAGAACCUGCGGUCAGGAUGUCGCGUUCCCUGUGCGAGUUCACAUCGUGGGCUUCUGAGAGCGGCCUGCACACGGUUGUUCGGGAACACGUGGGUCCACAACAGGCCCCGCGACCCCUGGAUGGGGAGGAGCCCGAGAGGCUCCAAAGUCCCUGAGGCCCGUUACCGAUGCUCUGAACAAAUGCAAACAAUUUCCUGUCCUGUUUGGAGCCUGAGCAUUUGCUAGAAAACAGUACGAAGAAUGGAAGCAUCUGGAGUUUGAGCAUCUCUGGUGCUACAGUGUCACGUUAAAAGUACGGAUUUGAAAAGUCACUUAAAUACCAAGAUUAAAAUACCGGACGAUGUACACAAAAGGUCUUAAUCUGGCCUCUCAGAAUCAAGAGGAGCUCAAUUUCAGCUCUCCAAAAAUUGGCAAAAGAAAAGCCAGACAAUAAGCACAAUCAGUGCCUGAAACCCUCGAUGGAUGGGACGCUGGCCAGAGCUGCGCACCCGCACCUCAGGGAGCAGGUCUGCACCCCAGCACCCGCACCCCCGGGACCGCCCUGCUCACCCCUGCAGCGGCCGUGGGGCUCCUGGCCGGGCCUGCUUGGCACCAGCUCGCUGUAGUGUUCAGAUAAAGACGCCACGAGAAAGGGGACACCGUCUUUAAUAAAGUUGGAAUUAAAAAGUCA